UCGAAAAAUUUAUGCCAUACGUCAUAUUAUUCAAUACAAGCUCUCUUCACCUUUCAGUUACAUUUCUAACCUAAUAAACAAAGUCAAUCGAGUAAAAGUCAUAGUAUGUAUUUAAAUAUGUAGUAUAAACAUACUUUUGUUCUAUUGUAUCAAGACCAUUAGGAUCAUUAGAUGUACUCUUGUCUCGUUCUUCUGAUGUACUUGUUUCGGUUUCCAUUUGAUCUUCUUAUUAAUAAUACGUGAACUGAUACAAUACUUAUGAAUUGAAACUUAUAUGAUACUUUUCAAACGAAUAAUAAACAUAUUAUAAUUUUUGUCAAAUCAUCAAUUAAUCAUUAAUUAAAUUAUUCGAGAAUAUCAUAUAAAAUGGAAGAUCCUUUGAAUACUGUGAUUGAUUCUUUAAACAAACAAGCACUGGAAGAUGAAGAUCUCUUUAUAGGUUAUAAGAACUGGGAUCGACUUAUCACUGCAGCUUCUACUAUUGGUUAUAAAGAAGGUAUAGAAGAUGGACAAGAAUCGGUGUUUCAAGAAGGAUUUGAUAUGGGCUAUAAAGACGCUUUCAAUACAGCAUUUAUGUUAGGAAAAUAUAAAGGUCUAAUUAGUUCUAUGCAACAAAAUAUGGAACUAUCUUCGGUUGUAAAAGAUAUACUUCAUGAAACUAAAAAGGGUAUAUGUUAUAUAUGCAACGAAGAAUCGCAAAAUAAAGAUGUUAAUGGACAAAUAGAAGACAUGCCAUUUAUAGAUAUUAUAGAGAAGCAAAAAACAUAUUCUAAGAAUGUUAUCAAGACAUUACAUAAAAAUCUUGAGUUGAUCAUGGUAAAAAAUAAUAUCGAUAUCCACAAAUUAGCACCGAAUAUAUGAUUUUUAUAUUUAUAUUUUAAAGAAUUAUAGGAAUAAAUAUUGUACGAUAUUGUUUUUUGUUAAUAAGUUUGUAUUGACACGAAUGAUGUUCUUAUAUUAGCAGUAAAUAAAGAAUAAGAUGUGUGUAAAUAA